GUUUGGUACCUGGUACCUUGGUAUCACUACUCAAUAAUAUCAUAUUUGACGUCAGCAUCACCAAAGCUUUACUCUCCUCACUAUAUUAUGACCUUUUUAACACUAUUUGGACUAUUUGGACCCAAAGGUGUGAUUUGUUUGAAAAAUGGAAAUUGUCUCGACGUAUCAACAAUGAUUAUAAAUCUGAUCCCCAUCUUUGGGUUACCUCUGGUUUCCUAUCAUCAUCUCAUAUCAUACCCCCUGUUUCUCCACUUUCUUUCGCCACUUCGGUUAAUCUUG